AUGGCUGAACCAAGUGGUACCACGACGGAUAAGGGCGCCCCAACAGCAGCGGCUGCCCAAACUUGGCUGGCUGGUUCGGGGGGCGCUUGUCCCGUGGUUCAUACGCCAAAGAAUGCAGACACUACCUCGGCGGCUGCGCCCAGCGCUCCAGUGGGUGAGAACUUGAACCCGCGCAACAACAUGCUCAUGCAGGAGCGUCAAUCUCCGGCCAUUGGCCAGCGUGAGACGCUGUCCACGGAUCGCAUCACGUCCAACAUCCCCAAGGCUGAUUUUAAUCCAGCCCAUCAAGUGGAAGAUGCUGAACGCUGGGAAUAUCCAUCGCCUCAGAUGUUCUACAACGCCAUGAAGCGCAAGGGCUGGUCACCAGAGGAGCGUGACAUGUCAACAAUCGUCUCAAUCCAUAACGCUGUCAACGAGACAGCCUGGCGUCAGGUGCUCGAGUGGGAGCGACUUGAAAAUGAUGACAUCAACGACGUCAAGCUUGUUCGCUUCAUGGGCCGACCAAAGGACUUGACCCCCAAAGCUCGUUUCAAAAGUCUGGCUGGGUCGGUACCUCUCUCCAUUUGA